GUCGGUCACACUAUCAGCUGCCUGGCAGCAAAAACACGAUUUAAGUGCAGCUCUUCUUUUAUUUAAAACCUUGUAAAUAUUGUGAUUAUCAAUUAAAAUGUUGCUGAAACAAUUGCCCCAGGCUGUUCAGCAGAUACGCUGCAUCUCAUCGGCCACGACGGCGGUUACGAGGCUGCAUCGCUCGGUUUACUGCCGGCUAUAUCCCACAGUUGUGGUGCAACCCGAUGGAUCCACGAUAAACAUCCGCUAUCACGAGCCCAGGAAGAUUAUCAAGCUUCCCUUGGAUCUAAGCACCUUAACGGAUGCGGAGCGCAGAGCGAGAUUGGAGGCCCGCAAGCCGCGCAAGAAGGUCAAGAUCAUGGAGGAGGUGGAGGACAACUUCAACGCCAAGAAGUACAUGAAGUACAUCAAGAAGAAGUAGCCGCAUUUUAUUCAUUAUUUGUUAAAUAAAACUCGAAAGCCCGUUA